GUUUUUAUAUCCUCUUGCUUCCGACUCACUCAGAAGUUCUCUUCACAAACGCCCAAAGUCACACCAGGGCAGCGAUGGCAUCAACAUUCUUUACAUGGGUCAGAUCUCCUGCUGCUCGCGAGUACUUCUUCAGUACACACUUCUGGGGACCAGUCGCAAACUGGGGUCUUCCCCUUGCUGCCCUCGCUGACCUUAGCAAAGAUGAAGAGGUCAUCUCAGGCACCAUGACCACUGCACUUGCCGCCUACUCAAUGGUUUUCAUGCGCUUCGCCUGGAGAGUACAACCCCGGAAUUACCUGCUCUUUGCCUGUCACUUGACAAACGCAACAGCACAGUCAAUCCAGGAAGCCCGCUUCGUGAACUACUGGUAUUACGGUGGCCGUGAGAAGAAGUUUGGUCUUGACAAGGGUCCAGUCACACAAGCCAUCGAGGAAUCACAAGCAGAGGCAAAGAAGGUUGCAGACACAAAAUAAUAAUAUCCCUCUAUGCAACGCUGGCAUACGCUGCGCCUUUGCCUAACCAAUGUCUGAAGUAAGCAUCUAGAUACUGAUACGUAAUUUUCACCAAAAUCCG